AUGCAUUCAACUGGCUACACUACAUCCCUCCUCGCCUGCCUGCCUCUUUUGGCCCAGGCCUGGAACGCCCCGAGCUACUCGGGCUUCAACCUGGUCUGGCAGGAGACGUUUUCUGGCAACAGUGGUACCUUGCCCAGCACCAGCACCUGGAACAUCAUCACUGGCAAUCUUGGCGUCAACAACGAGCUCGAGACCUACACCGACUCCACUGCCAACCUGCAGCUCUCCGGUGGCAACACCUUGCAGAUUGUCCCUUGGGAGAGCGGCGGUCAGUGGACGUCGGGCCGCAUCGAGAGCACCUACACUUUUACGCCCGCUGCUGGUGCUAAGACGCUGGCCGAAGCCGACAUUCGCUUUGGUGACGAUGACCCCAGCACCAAGCAGGGCAUGUGGCCGGCGUUCUGGAUGCUCGGCGACAGCAUCCGCCACGGUACACAAUGGCCCGCGUGCGGCGAGAUCGAUGCCCUCGAGACCGUCGACGGCCAGCUGAUCGGCCACGGCACUGCCCACUGCGACGUCUCGCAAGGUGGUGCCUGCAACGAGCCUACGGGUCUGACUUCGUCGGUGGGCAUCCCGGACCAGAGCUGGCACACGUGGCGCGUGCAGUUUGACCGCACGUCCAACAACUGGCAGACUGAAACCAUUACCUGGUACCUGGACGGCGCCUCCUUCCACUCUAUCAGCGGCUCGGAGCUUGGUGACGAGAACAGCUGGAACGCACUCUGCCACAGCCCGCUGUACUUUAUACUCAACGUCGCCGUCGGUGGUAACUGGCCUGGCAGCCCCAACUCAAGCACGGAGGACGGCUACGGCGCACUGAUGGAGGUUGCCUAUGUUGCCGUCUACUCGUCCCGCUAA